GUUUUAAAUCUUUAAUCUGUCAUUUAAAUAAUUUCACCAAAAAAUGGCCCCGACUCGAAGUUUUCUUGGAUUUUUAAAUCCAAGAACGAUUAGCUCGGUUUUAAAUAGUAAUUUAUCAAAAACUUCUUGUCGUUUCCUGCACAAAUGUAAUAAUUGUAACCAUGUUUUAGGUGGGACCUUGGUAUCCCUACAUAGAAAUUUUAAAUAUAACGAAUUAACGAAACAUCGCUUAAUACAUACUUCAAGCAGCUUAAGUGCUCGAUCUGACUACUACAAAGUUCUUGGAGUUGCUAAAAAUGCUUCUGCAAAGGAUAUCAAGAAAGCAUAUUAUCAGCUUGCUAAAAAAUAUCACCCUGAUGCGAACAAAUCUGACCCAGAAGCUCCUAAAAAGUUUCAGGAAGUGUCAGAAGCCUAUGAGAUUCUGUCUGAUGAAUCAAAGCGUAAACAAUAUGACACAUAUGGAACAACCUCAGAUCAGAUGGGUGGUAUGGGAGGCCCUGGCGGUAAUGAUGGUUUCACUCAUCAGUGGCAAUAUAAGUCUACAAUAGACCCUGAGGAGCUGUUCCGGAAAAUUUUUGGUGAUGCUGGCUUUAAAAGUGAGGCAUUCAGUGACUUUGCUGAGAGUCAAUUUGGAUUUGGAGCAGCCCAAGAGGUAGUAGUUAAUCUACGUUUUACUGAAGCAGCAAGGGGUGUGAAUAAGGAUAUUAAUGUGAAUGUUGUGGACACAUGCCCUAAAUGUCAGGGAAGCAGAUGUGAACUUGGUACAAAAGCUAUCAAAUGCACUUAUUGUAAUGGUACUGGAAUGGAAACAUUUUCAAGAGGUCCAUUUGUCAUGAGGUCUACUUGUCGACAUUGUCAUGGAACAAGAAUGCUAAUAAAGUACCCCUGUGUUGAAUGUGAGGGCAAAGGCCAAAGUGUACAAAGAAAAAAAAUAACAGUGCCCGUACCGGCAGGGGUUGAAGAUGGCCAGACUGUGCGUAUGUCAGUUGGUAGCAAUGAGAUGUUUGUUACAUUUAAAGUGGACCCUUCUAGUUACUUCAAACGUGAUGGGCCUGAUGUACACACAGACUGCACGAUUUCCGUGUCCCAAGCCUUAUUGGGUGGCACCGUAAGAAUACAAGGAUUGUAUGAAGACCACACAUUACAGGUUGUACCAGGUACAUCGUCCCACAGUACAAUCCGUCUAUCGCGCAAAGGCAUGAAGCGAGUGAGCCAACAUGGAUAUGGCGACCAUUACGUUCAUAUUAAAAUACAGGUACCAAAGACACUAAGCAAAAAACAGAAAGCGCUGAUGUAUGCGUAUGCGGAACUAGAGGAAGACACUCCGGGUCAAAUUAAUGGCGUUUCCUUCGACAGAGAUGGUAAAAAAAUAUCUAUAUCAGAGCCACAUAACUUGGUGGAUGCAGUUAAGGAGGCGCUCAAAGACAAGAAAAGCAUAGAAGGAGCCACCGAGGACGACUUAAAAGAAUCAAAGAGAAGCAAGGGUUAACUUAAUAAAGAGCCACAUUCAGAUUUGUUUUUAUUACUGAAAAUACAUUUUGGUUCAUUAUUUGAUUUAUAGCAUUGUGUUGGUCUUGAAAAUCUGAAAUAGAGACACAAACAUUUUUGUUUAUUGAAUUUAAUAUAGAUUUAGUAAUUAUAUGAAUGGUUAAGGGUUUUAAUAAGUCUGAAUGUGGCAACCAUGAAUUAGCAAUAAAAUUAGCAAAUCACAUCUUUCAUUUUCAUUUGUAUUGACUUUCCUCUAAUUCUGUGAUAUAAUAGUUUUUAUCUCGGGAAUUUUGUUUAAAUCAUUCUGUUUGGAAUGCUUUGUAGUUCCUUCUUAAAUACAUUUUAGAAUAAAUUGGAAUUAAACGCUGUAUAUAGCAGUUGACUAGUUUGUAGGAAAUCUAAUAAAUUACUUAAAAUUA